AGUGUGAAUGUGUCCCCCUCCCUGGCUGUAGAUUGCAGAUGUGUCUGUGGAGGUGGCCACAGUCGACCAUACUCUGCAGCAGAAGCUCCGCAGGAUGUACAGGAAGACCAGACGGAAGCCCAAGGGACUCAAGAGGCUGUGGGCUCGUCUUUUGAGUGUCCCGCACCUUGCUAUCAUCAUUGCAGCAGUGGUGUUUGUGGUGGUGACUAUCAUGUGGUCACUGCUUUGGGUCUUCCUAUUCCGCAGGGAAAGCAACACAGGAGUGUAUUUUGCUGGGAUGUUCCGUGUUGCCAAUGUGGAGUUUAUCCCCGAGUACCGCCAGGCAGAGUCCCAUGAGUUUGUAUCCAUGGCAAACAAAAUACAACAUGUGGUGAGCAAUGUGUACAAGAUGUCCUCAGUGGCCAGACUCUACAAGCAAGCUGUCAUUUCAGACCUCAGUAACAACAAUAAGGGCGGCGUGCUGGUUCAUUUCUGGAUGGUGUUUGUGGUCCCUCGACUAAAGAGCCCAGCAGUGUGUGAGGAGUGUGUAGGAGCCAUUUUCAGAGACUCAGUCCAUACCACUCUGCAGAACAGGUCGUCUGUAGGCUACCUGCUAGGUCUCCCGGUGGAUAUAGACUCCAUCCUCAUCAAUGCUGUCCAGCGAUCAGAUUAUUCAUCAAAUGGAGCAGGCUCCCAGUGUGUAGAUAAGCUGUAUGCCAACCUCCCUGGAGUGAGCGUCCCUUUAAACGUCUUCUCAUCAUGGGGUGGUGUGAACUGCUAUGUGAAACUCACCGCUGUCCCAGGCUCUCUGAUUCGUCUGACCGUCACCUCAUUCCACAUUGAGCCCAGCGACUGUGUGAGCGAUGCCCUGACUGUGUACGAUGCCCUGCUGCCCAUGAGAGGGCGCAUUCUGCACAGGCUGUGUGAGCCAGUGUCCAGCUCCGUCUCCCUGGUGUCUACCUCCAAUGUCAUGUUGCUGUCCUUCAGAAUGACAAAUGGCAAUAAGAGCUUCAGAGGACACUUUGAGGCCAUCGCUGAAGAAAUGUGUUUGUCUCAAAUUGAGACCCACCUAGAGCCUGAUAUCGGUGGUCAGAUCUACAGCCCCUUCCACCCCAGCCUUCUGCCCCCACAGUGCUUCUGCAUCUGGAAGUUUAAGACCCCCAGCAGUGCUUUGGGAGUUGCUCUGCAGUUUCAGAACUAUGUAUUGAAACCAAAGGGCAUGAAGGGCUGUGAACACGGCUGGUGGAAGGUCAAUGAAAUCAUUUUCUGUGGCAGCUACGUGGGACACCAGACGGUGUUUCGGAUCGCUGACCACAGCCCAGAGGUGGAGUUUCGUUGCAGCUCACGUAACUCAGCUCAGUCUUUCCAGGCUUCUUACAGCAGCUACAAUAUCAGCCAACCCUGUCCAGAGAGCCACUUCCUGUGCUCCACAGGACUUUGUGUAGAGAAGAGUCGACGCUGUGACGGUCUUGACGACUGCCAGGAUGAGAGUGAUGAGGUCUUCUGCUCAAGGCCAACAAAGAACUGUGGUGGCAACAGUCCCCUGCAUCCUUUGUAUGUGUGCAACGGAGAGACAGACUGCACCAAUGGAAUAGAUGAGAUCAACUGCACUCAGGAAACAACCUGCUCUGCAAUCAGGUAUCAAUGCAACAGUGGCUCCUGCAUCCUGAAGAAGAACGCCAAGUGUGACGGUAUUGACGACUGUCAGGACCACAGUGAUGAGGCUGACUGUGCCUGUGGUCGUCCCUCCCUGGUGGGGAAGGUGGGUUCAUCUACAGGACCUGAGCGUAUCGUGGGUGGAGAAAACUCUGUGGAGGGCGAGUGGCCGUGGCAGGUCAGCCUCCACAAUUCUGGUAACCUGUACUGUGGGGCCUCUGUUCUCUCCUCUGAUUGGCUCAUCUCAGCAGCACACUGCUUCAGCAAGCAAAGGCUGUCUGACCCACGUUACUGGAGCGCCCACCUCGGCAUGCUGACACAGGGCAGUGCCAAAUACGUGGCGGAGAUCCAACGAAUUGUGGUGCACGAGUAUUAUAACGCGUACACGUUUGACUAUGAUAUCGCUCUGCUGCAGCUGAAGAAGCCCUGGCCUCCCUCUCUAAGCCCGCUGGUCCAGCCUGUGUGCCUGCCACCACCCUCCCACACUGUCACCGACAGCCACCCCUGCGUGGUGACCGGGUGGGGAUACCGCUCUGAGGAGGACAAAGUGCUUCCCUCAGUGCUGCAGAAAGCAGAAGUGUCCCUGCUGAGCCAGACUGAGUGUAAGAAGAGAUAUGGACCUGUUUCCCCACGCAUGCUGUGUGCCGGGGUCCUCUCUGGAGAGAGGGACGCCUGCAGGGGCGAUUCAGGGGGUCCUCUGUCCUGUCAGGCACCAGGUGGGGGUCGCUGGUUUCUGAUUGGUAUCGUCAGCUGGGGGGCGGGAUGUGGCAGACCAAACCUACCUGGGGUCUACACCAGGGUCAGCAAGUUCACCUCCUGGAUCUACGGCCAUAUCAGCUGACACGAU